UUUUAAUUAGGGAUUUUUCCCCGACUUAGAAGAUUCGAUUACGUUUAAUUUUUGUAAGGAGGGAAGUUCGAAUCACUAUAAUUAAAAUAUAUAAUAAUUUUUCACCUUCGAAAUUAAUAACGAACGGUUUUUUCGAUAAUGGAGGAUAAAGAAGAUAAAUAUAUAUUCAUUGCUGAAUGGUAUGAUAACAUAUCGGGCUUACUCAGAAAAUUCUAUUUUACAUUUUUUACAAUUGAUGAAACUAUAGAAAUGUAUGAUAUGAUCAACAAAAGACUGUUUCUAAGACGAACUCCAUGUUCAACAGUUAGACAAUCUGACAUAUAUCUUGGAAGUAUACUUAAUGUGAUGUCAAGACAGAUAAAGUUAGUUGAUUAUGCCAAUUUAGCAACCAGACAAAAACUUGACACUGCAAUAGAAAGAACAUUUGGUUUAUUGAAGUUUCCUGCCCUUCAAAAACUUGGUUACAUAAUGGAUAUUAUAUAUAGAAAUGAUCUCACAAUAAGUAAUGCCAGAAUGCUGUAUCUUUCUGAAAAUGAAUCAAGAGUUUUAUUGAAAGAAAAUGAGAAGGAAAUACAAUAUAGAUCUUGCACAUGUGUGCCUGCGCCACUUCAUUGCAGUCCUCAGGAGCGAGAUCUGAGAGGCAGAGAAAGAGGUACGGUUCUGGAAGAAAAGAAUAGGCCAAAGCAGAACUUGAAUCCCAAUUCCAGCUUACUGUGUGGUCACAUUGCCAGUUACGCUACCCAAAGCAUCUUAUCCUCAUUUCCAGAACCUAUUAUUUUAGACGAAAUAGAGAUAUUCUUUCCUGAAGCUAAAACUAUUCAUUGCACAACAGCUAAAUUUACUAAUUGUACUUGUUGUAUAAUUAAGCCACAUAUUGUUCGUAAAGAAAAGAAAGUUCCAAUAUACAUUGAUUAUUCUUCUGCUGAAGAUUUUUAUGAAGUUUAUAAAGGUGUUGUUGCUGAAUAUUCUGAAAUGGUCAAACAAUUAUCGGAGGGACCAUGCAUUGCUUUGGAAAUUUCUUCACCAGUAUGUGAAGAAAGUAUGGUGACAAAACUAAGGCAGUUUGUAGGACCUUCUGAUCCAGAAAUAGCGCAACAUCUCCGUCCGACCACAUUACGUGCUAGAUUUGGAGAAUCAAGUGCAAAAAAUGCCGUACACUGUACAGAUUUACCACAGGAUGGAUUAUUAGAGGUGGAGUUCAUUUUCAAGAUUCUUGCCAGAAUAUAGCAGACUUUGAAGAUGCAAUGCCGCCAUUAAUGCCUUUUUACAGUAAUAUUUUACAAUUUUGAGCAUUUUACCUUCUGUUAUGUUACCUCAUUGA